AUGCUUGGUUUGAAAGAUUCGGGGAAAACAACAAUGUUGAAGCGACUCAACUUAGGAGAAGUUGUAACAUCCAUUCCGAUUGCUGAUUUUAGUAUGGAAAUAAUGAAGUAUAAAACCAAUACGAUCGUGUCUUGGGAUCUUCAAGGAAAGGAAAAACAACGUGUACUUUGGCGUCCAUAUUUUCGGGACACGGCAUAUCUUAUUUUUGUGAUUGAUAGCACUGAUCAUGAGUAUAUCAAUGAUGCACGAGAUGAAUUACAUCGAUUACUCUCCGAACCUGACCUUUUCAAUGCACAUUUACUUGUCUAUGCUAACAAAUGCGACCUAGCGAAUGCCAUGAGUGUUGCCAAAAUCACAGAUAAACUUGAGCUCCACUUAGUAAAAGAUCGUCGAUGGCAGCUGGUGCAAACUUGUGCCACUAGUGGUGAAGGUCUCUUUGAAGGUUUAGAAUGGUUGACAAAGCAUUCCGAAAACUUCGAAUGA